GACGACAAGCUUUGGCAGAUCCUGUCCGGACUUUCGGAUGAUGCCAAAGUCAUCUGCUUCGCAAACACCAAAAGGCGAAUCGACUCCUUUCAGAAGACUUUCUGGGGCAAAGGCUUCGACUCCGUGGCGCUUCACGGAGACAAGCCCCAGAAAGACCGCGAUAGGGACCUCGAGAAGUUCACAAAGGGCGAGUGCUGGCUUAUGUUCGCCACGGAU